UGGACAGGAAAAGAAAACAUGGAGGACAUUCGAUGAAAUAUGGAGAUUAGGCUGUAAUCUCAGAAUUUUGUAGUUUGUGAGCGAAAAACAGAUUUCGCUCGCCUUUUGCCGGCGAGAGCCCAUGACAAAGAUCAUAAACAAAUUGGUGUUCACUUCUGAAGGUAGGAAAUACUUAUUGUAGAUAGAGAAACAGUUGUCUUGAACCGACAAAUAAAUCUUCCUAAAAAAUGAUUAACACUAAAGAGUUCGUUCGGAUCAGGCACUGUGACGUUCCUUUCUCCCUUGUUCUGGGUCAAUUUCAUCUGUUUUUUAUAAAGAGUUGUGAAAGCCAAAGGCGGUCUUCAAUUGUUCGUGGAAGAAUUAACCCUAGACAAAAAUCUAUGAGGGUAUGAACGUGAACUUUUUUGUAUGUUUUCUGGGUUCUGACCAUCAAAGAUGAAUUGAAUAAUUUAUGAAAAUAUAAGCCACAACAAGACAUGGCAAAACAAGUGGGUCGAAGGACGCAAAUGUAACCGUAGUGGCUGUUUCUCUUUUCUUUUGAGCUCGCAAAAUAAUAAUUGACAAAUUGACAGGAGCGAUCCUUUGUUCGAAGUUAAUAGUAAUUUUAAACCUCUUGAUCGAAUAAUCAGUCGCAGCCCGCUCUUGCCGUAAAACCCAGCGGUGGAAUAAUUACCUAAUAAAACUGUACCCUUUGCAAGGUAAACAGAAGUUAUUGCUCUUAAUUUUUCAGGGAAACCAAAUGGAAAAGGGAAAACCUACUGCAUAUUGCUAAGCCGUGAUAUUAUUUCUGUAUGAUACGGACAUUCUUGUUAAUUUCAUAUGAAGCUUAUGGUAUUUAUAUUCUCGCGUUUAUUAGAGGCUCAUGUUUGUUUCUUGUUUAUAGGUUUCUAAAAAUGCAGAAACCCAGCAGCGCAGCGCGCUCCGAGUUUAUCGUAGGAGGGAAAUACAAAUUGUUACGGAAGAUUGGCAGUGGCUCAUUUGGUGAUAUCUACCAAGGAAUUAACAUUACAAAUUGCGAGGUUCGUAUGUGUAAUAUACCGGGUCGUAUAUCAAUAUUGAAACUUCUGUUCAAGUGUACCCUCCUGCCAUAACUUUUAUACACCUUACGUUUAUUGGCUUUUUGAAAAAUUCUCGUGUGUUAAUUAAAUUCUUAGAAAAACAUCUCACAGCAAGAGAUCAAGAACCCUUGAUAUUGGGCAAGAGGGCUAUCUUUGUAAGGGAGCCUUAUGUAUCCUUCCUCCAGGAAAUAAUAUUCUACAAAUUUCAGCCAUCUUCUAUGCCAUGAGAAAGUUGUAAGCUUAAUUUUGGACCCCACAUCUUUAAAAGGAAACCUCCACUGUCACAAAAGUUUAUGACUUAACUUUUUAUUCCCUUCCCUAUAAAUCAAUUGAAGAGUUCUAAACUGCAAACUUUUUUCUGCUCAAGGCGGGAAUAAAACAUUUUGAAUCCCCCAGAUUAUUGAAAUGAAUGUCCACCACUUUCACUUUUAAAAUCUCACUUGCUGCCAUUUUAUACCUACUAACUUAUUCUGAGUCAACUGCUUGAAAUUUUCAUCUUAUCAUGACUGGGAUUUCUGUAAAUGUCCCAGUGACUUCAGAAGCACUUUUAAAUGUUGCUGAAAUUAUACAGCUAUUUCGAGAAAGGUUGUCGUAAAAAAUGUGCUCGCGACAACCCGAAAGGUAAAUAGAGAAUACUUCAUGGAAAGUGCUGGUAUACGGUAUUUACGCACAAGUUGUGACGUAUGAGAAAAUAUCGAUAGAGUGAGCGCAGCGAACGAGUAAGAUUUCUGAUACAAAAACAACGAGUGCGUAAAUAUCGUAUAACGCACUUUCCAUGUGGUAUUGUGUUUAUUAUGUACAUACUGAGACAUUCAUCAUUUUGGCAGCCUUUUUAUUUUAAAUCUUUCAAAAAUGCUAAAAUUUGCCGCUGCACACUUACCGCAAAAUGACAACGAAAACGAAGUAUCAGCUUUUUAGUAAAAAGCGUUUGUUAAAAACAUAAAUGACGGUAAGGAUAUGAGGUAAUCCAAGAACUAUAAGUAAUCUUAACUGUUUGUUCUCAAUGCACAGUUGAAAAUGAGUGAAUUUAAGUAAAAUGGCCGGUUUCAAUAUAGGCUUAAGCUUAAAUGAAAGGCAAAGUAGCUCCGACAAAAAGCACAACAAAAGCUUACGUCUCGUUCUGUUUAUCCCUUUCCGCUGUUGUUUCACCGGCUCUCUACUGUUUUCUUUAUUGACAGUGAAACAAACGAAACUAUUUCACUCCAUUUUCAAAAUGUUUUUCACUCUUUUAGCGAGAAAAACUCUUUGAGUAAAACUUUUCUCGUUGAAUGUGUGCGAAGCAGCGCUGCAAGCUGCAAUAAAAGGCAGGAAUUUUGGCGCGAAACUCACACAGUUCUGUGGCUUCUGAUUGGACGUAUCAUUUUUCUCACAUGUGAAAAAACAUCGUUCGCGAUUCUGAUUGGGCGUAUCAUUUUUUUCACGUGUGAAAACCAUCGUUCGCUCCUGUGAUUGGCUAGAACUAAUUUGUGUACGAAAAUUUACGACAUAGCUUUUUGGUGAGUAUUUCUCAGUAUGUAUAUAAUAAUAUGGGAUAUGAUCUAUACACUGUUUUGAACGACUGUAGCUGUCGAACCUUCUUUUGUUGCUUUCCAUUAGCACUCGCGAACAUACGUCCAUGGCCUCUCAUGCUGUUCUUUCAAAUUUCUUUGGAGAACAGUAUUCAAAACCAUCCACAAUCCUAUCGGGAUUGUCGCUUGCACUUUUUCCUACAACCUUUCUCGCAACAACUGUAUGUCUGAGAUGUUCUGACGACCUUUUAGCACCUACGAAGCUAUUAAAAAGGUAACAAUUUUGGUGUGUUGUGAUUCGCAGUUAAGGGACAAAGUUAUCAUUAAGCUCCUUUUUGCAAAAUUUUGGAGAAACUGAAUUGAAUUUCCAUUAUUAAUCAUUUGUUAAAGAACUAUUCGUCCAGAUUUUGUGAGUAGGCAUGAGAAGUUGUCCUUGAUGCAUGAGUUUGUUGUCUUUAGGCUGCAGGUGUUAGACUCAACACAUCAACCAAAUGAUAUGACAGUCACAAAUCUGAAAAUGCAAACACAACAAUGAAAAUAGGCCAUUUCUUAUCAUUUUGUUAAUUUCUUUUUCAUAAAGCCUUCUUUUCAUGUGUUCACUAUCAAGAUAAAAACAAGUACUUAAACCUGCCAACUCACGUGCAUUAGUUAUGCAUGUCUCAGAUGCCCGCAGAUUGAGGACGUCAAUCACAUGCAUGCAGGACUACUUCACAUGCAUAACCCAUAAUUCCAGACUACUUGUUCAGUGACUAUUAACAUGAGGAACUGAAUUCAGUUUCCAAGCAAAAAAGUCCAGUGAACUGUACAAAAUGUCUCGUUUAAUCCUAAAUCAUUAGUUAAGGUCUCACGAUACCUCAUCUUGGUAAUUUUGGCAAGAUAUGCGUGAUCUUGGCAAGAUGGCGCCAAAAUUUGGUGCUUUGCACUGCUACAUUUGGCAACCUUUGGAAAUCCUUGGAACCUUUGGGAAUCUUUGGUAAUAUUCAGAAGGUGUCAGAAUGUCUGCAGAACAGCUGUUCAGAAGUUUUUGGAUUUUGUCAGAAGUUUGGGUAAAUAUGAAUAGAAAAGUGACACACAUUUGACUUAGGAAAAGUACACAUGACUGACUGUAUCCUUCACUUACAGGAAGUGGCUGUGAAACUUGAGCAUCACAAAGCAAGGCAUCCUCAGUUGCUUUAUGAAUCUAAACUGUAUAAAAUAGUGCAAGGAGGAAUUGGUAUUCCCAAAAUCAGGUAUGAUACGUACAUGUACUAGACUUGCCAUUGAGUAAACACCAUGCAUCAAAAGCAAAGAAUGACACCAUAUCCCAGGGAUAAAAUACCACACCUUGAUUAGUCUUUACAACUGGCUUAUAACUUCUUGCACUGCAAAUUAUCAUCAUCAUCAUCAUCAUCAUCCUAUUUAUUUAUUUUUACUUAUUUUGCCACCUUAUUAUGAGAUAGUAAUAAAUUACAGGAAUCCAUUAGAAAUAUGGCAAGAAAGACCAAAGAAACCAUGAGGCUUAUACAACUAGGCUUUCCCUGUAAAAUUACAAACGAUAAACAUGAUAUUAAUUUAACUGAUUGGCAAAGACAGAGUGACAAUGAAACGAAGGAAUAAGGGAUCAAAAAAAGAGAGAGAAAGAAAAAGUAAAUUUAUAAAUAAAGACAAAACACAAAGCUGACAAAGGGGGAUGGAGGGAAAUGAAGAAGUUAAGUAACCAGGUGUUCUUCAGUUUUUUCUUAAUGGUUGAUAACUAACUGAGCUUAGAAUGUCUGGACUAAGUGAAUUACAAAGCAAUGAACCUGAUUCCUUCAUAUAAAAGUUAUUAAAUACGUAUAUCUGGUAACAACCCAGUUUUAUAUUGAAACAUUGUUUUACCUAUCUCUGUUUGAUACAUAUCAUUUAGCAGUAAGAUACAAAGAUUCUUAAAUAUUGGGUCAGUAUCUCAUCUGUAUUGUGUGAGCAUCAUAACAAGAUUUGCUGAUGAUUCUCAUAGCUCGUUUUUGCAGCAGUACAAGGAAUUUCAUCAUCAUGAUUGUAUUCAUGUCUCACACUUCUAGUUUGUAUUAAGGUGGCCUUGUCUAGUGUUAUUAUUAUUAUUAUUAUUAUUAUUAUCAUAAUUUUUUUAUUAUUGAUAUCGGAUGCUCCGCUUUUAGGCUUGGUUAAAUGUUUAAUAUAAUUAUAUUGAUUUAGUUUAUUCAAGGCUGGUGUUUAUUUCAAAAUCAUAUUUCUUCAGAAAGCCAUUAGCAUUCAGUAGGCAUAUAAUUUGUCCAAAUAUUAUUGACUUCACAAAUUUAGUCUUCUAAGUGCCAAGAGUGAUGAACACUAAUUUUGUCUCAACAAUAUCAAUAUAUCAUCAAGAGAAAAUGGUAUGAGAAUUGUAAAAUGAUCACCAAAGGAAAAUGCUUUAAUCUUUUAUCAAAUUCUAUCUCAUUAAAUUUGGUAAGGAAAUAUAUGUGGAUAUUUGUGCUUAAAGGGUUAAUCACUUGUAACAGGGUGCAAAGAAAAUCAUUUUUACAGCUUGCCAUUUGGUCCAGCUGAAGCUAGCAUUUACUAGACCAGACGUCAUUUCAACUAGCCCCAAAUGCUUUUUGACAAGCAGAAUUGAUUUCACAGUUCUUCUGUCAUUCGAGUUCCUCAAAAAACAUCAGUUGCCCGUUGGGCAAGUUAAAAACAGAAUUCACUAGCCCGAUAGCAAAAUCCACUAGCCCCGGGCUAUCAGCCACUACUUUCUUUGCUCGCUGUGUAAGGUCCUUUAUUAAAUUAUACCUGGUAAAACUCGGCAUUCAACCGUUUAUCUUUCAGCUAUUGCAGUGUUAUUGGCUGCAAAAACUGGAGUGUUAGAUGCAUAGUAAUUACCAAAAUAAAUGAUAAAUUGUGUGCCACUCAUGACUUAACAGUCCUUUUAAAAUAAUUUGCUUUUGUGCUUUGUUUCCUCAACAGAUGGUUUGGCCAGGAAAAGGAAUACAAUGUGUUAGUGAUGGACUUGCUGGGUCCCAGUUUAGAGGACCUUUUCAAUUUCUGCCAAAGAAGUUUCACAAUGAAAACUGUGCUGAUGUUGGCUGAUCAGGUGAGAAUGGUAGAUAAAUAUAAUUGCUGAUUAUAGCAAGGGGCUAUACAUGUAUGUCAUGAAGAUGAUCAAUAUUGUUUUUAGUCAUUUCUGUGGUAAAUUUAUUACCUAUCUAGAAACAAAAUUAUCCUGUGGGGGGUGGUGGGGGGUGGUAUGAAGAAGGUAUCAAACAUAUUUCAUCAGUGAGCACAAACUGUGUUUUUUUUGUGAUUUUUAGAGGCACUGCAAGGCUGUGUUCUAAGAAAAUUUGAAGUUGAAGGGAGCUUACUGGUAGUCCCCUAACCUGUGAAAUCCAGGGUGCCCAGCAUAAAUAUGAUUUCUGAGUAAGAGUUUUCUUCGCCUUGGCGACUGGGUGCUAAGCCUUGCGUAGCAUUAAAACUGCCAAUUUUCUCAAGUUUUAGUCCAUUUGCAUCCUCACCAUCCAUAGCAACAGAUGAAAACAUUAUAGCCAAAACUGUAUUAUUAUUACUAUUAUUUUAUAAUUCUUUCAAAAUAUUUCCAACCUCAAAGCAUGCUUACCUUAGUGCCAGGAAGUUCUUGUUUUCAAGUCAUCUUUGGCAGUUUCAGGAUAUGAUGGAAUGUUUAUUCUAGCAGGUUAAAUAAUAAUCUUCAAAUGACAGUAACUAUUGUCAUCCAUCAAAUGUUUUUGAGAGGCAUGAGUUUGUUAUUUUCUCUUUGCUUAUUGGUAAAUAUCUUGCGCCAUUUGUCUUUUAUCUUUUUGUAGCCACCCCACAAAACAUUGUAGUCAUGGUAUAUCUUAAUAUGUUAACACUAUUAGAGUCUAUUAGUCUUCUUGUUAUAACAAAUGGCUUUAAUGUCAGUGGCAUAUGUUUUCUUCAAAUGCAUGUAAGCUGAUUGACACUGAAUUUUUGUGAUUUAGGGUACUUGUAGGAAAAUGAGUGAAUCAGGUUUCUUUAGGCCAGACAAAAUAAGACAAACUGGAACUCAAUUACGAUGAGGUCUUUCAAGUACUAAGACCAGAAUUCAUUUCGUUUUUCUUUCAUGUUCAAAUUUGGUAAUUCCAGUGAGGAUUAAAUAACAAAAGCCUCAAAUUGCUCAAGAAAGCAAAAACCGGAAGAAUUCUGGUAGUAUAGUAGUAGUGGUAAGAUGACGCCAUUGUCCAAAUGGCCUCUUUAAUGUGAUUUUGUCUGGUGGUUCACAGUAUUUAUGGAUACCUCAUGGUGUUUCUUGCUCAUGAGGGUAGGGCAGGCUGCACCCAACAUUUCUCCAGCUGGUCUUCAAGUUUCUUCUAACCAAAAAAUGUUUUCUUUUUCCAGAUGAUUGGUCGCAUUGAAUAUUUCCACAACAAAAAUUUCAUUCAUCGAGACAUAAAACCGGACAACUUUCUCAUGGGCACUGGUAAAAAUUGUAACAAGGUAUGCCCUGUUAAAAUAAAAUAAUGUUGAUAUACAUCUGGGGCCAAGUUAAAAGCACUUUCACAAGUGCGCCCAUUGUUUUUGUGUCUGAGAACAAUAGUUGCAUUUGUAAAUUACACUUGUAAUAGUCUUAUUAAAUUGACUCCUUUUUGUUUACAGAUGUCACUGUUUUCAGACUGACCUUAGCUUACUUUUUACAAAUGGAUAUCAUGUGUGAAGUCAAUGUCUACUCCCUAUUAUUACACAGUUACCAGAAUUUCUAUUCUCUCGAUGCAAAAAAUUAAUUGGGAUGAACACAAACAAUAAUUAUGAGAGUGGAAAGAGUACAAAUUUUGUACUCUUUCCACUCUCAUAAUUAUUGUUUGUGUUCAUCCCAAUUAAUUUUUUGCAUCGAGAGAAUAGAAAUUCUGGUAACUGUGUAAUAAUGAUGAUCAGUUGAAGAUGAUGACAACGUUUUUAACUGAGACAAAAAAUGGGCAAGCAUAAGCAAUGGUUUUUUUGUACGAGUGCAGUAGAAAGUAAUUUAAAAGCCAACAUUGAUUUGUACUUGUUUAUUUAAAACAUCGGUUGAAAGUGUUGAUUGAAUAUGAAACUCACCAAAUUUUCAUUGGUUAAUUCUUAAAAAUUUAUCAGGUGUAAAGCUAGUCAAGCCAUAUUUUGGUUAAAACCAGCCAAGAAGAGGAAAACUGGCCAAGUGAAUGGGUUUAAGUGAAGUGUUGUCAAAAAAGCAACUUUCUUAGUUCAGCCAUCUGAUGAAGGCAUAGUAAUCAUUGUAUAAAAUCCCUUUACUGAUUCUUUGGAGGAAUCCACUCACUUUUUGUUGACCUUUGCUAGAUUUUAUUUUUUUCAUUGUUUCUUUUCUUUGCUGUGUUUAGGUUUACAUCAUCGACUUUGGUCUAGCAAAGAAGUACCGUGACAGUAGAACAAAAGCACAUAUAUCAUACAGAGAAGAUAAAAAUCUCACAGGCACUGCAAGAUAUGCUAGCAUAAAUGCCCACCUUGGAAUUGAGCAAUCGUAAGUUUAAAAUUUUAAAAUAGAGAGGAGAAGUAUGACAUCACAUUACCAUAGUUACAAAAUUUCUGGAUCACAAGAACAGGGAGCUAAAGCAAGGACGAUGGAGAUGGCAACGAGAACGGCAAAAAAGCAGGAAGAAAAACAACAACUUUGCACGUGCAUCACGCUUUUUUGUUCAUUUCUGAGGCAUCCUUGCGUGACUGUGACAUGAUGACACUUGCCUGAUUUAUGAAGUAGGCGAACACAUGACAAAAAUUUUCCUUUUCCAAACUUAGAUAUGGUUGUUUUGGAUUCAACCCCAGAAAAUUUCACCAAUUUUUGACAAGAAAUUGAAUGAGAUCAAUGAAGUUUGAAACAGCUCAAAUUCACUUUUUAAUAGAAGUUUCAGUUUGCUGUCAUCCAGGAAUUUUGUUUCCAUGGCAAUGUGAUGAAACUACUUCUCCACUCUAUACAGUCGUAUAGUAAUAUCAUUGUUCAGUACUGUCACUAAAAUUCAAGUUGUCUGACUUAAGCAAUAAACUAGGAUGCUCUUUGUGUUCUUUUCUCGUUUUGUUUUCUUUGAAAGUAGCUGAAGGUUGUGCUCAUUGUACAGGUAGCCAAGGGAAACCACCGGUUCCUGGUCCCCAGCCCCCGCCCCCCUGCUCUGGCCCCCGGCCCCCGGCCUCCGACUCUCGACCCUGCCCCGCCCCUUUAUUAGUGACAGCCAUGUUUGUGUCAGGAUAAGGAGAAUAAAGCAGACUGAGGUUAUGUUCACACCAUGCUGGAUAGCUUUUACACCGGCACGAAAACAAUACCGGAUAUAUAAGGCUUCCCUAUCACACAUAACAAUGGUAAUUUCGAUGCUGCUCCUAUCUCUAAAGUGGAGAGUCACAUAUUGGAUAGGUGUUCAUACUGUACUGAAUAGCUUUUCAUGUCGGCAUGAAAAGAUGUCCGGUAUACUAUAAGGAACAUAGCCUGGGAUGAAGACUAGCGCUGUUUUUUGUGGUCCUAUCUGAGUUGUCCCUGCAAUUUUGUGUGAAAUGUUAAUUCUUUUUACCAGGCGGCGAGAUGAUAUGGAGUCACUAGGAUAUGUAUUGAUGUACUUUACAAAUGGGCAACUUCCAUGGCAGGGACUCAAGGUAAAAAGGGUAUUUGUCAAGUGCAUUUUAUUGAAAAGUGUUACACUUAAAGAAAGUGUCUGUUACUGACAAACUAACAAAACCAUAAACAAGUGAAUUUUUUCCAAAUAGUUAUUGCCUCAGGCCUCUUGCAAUAUUUGGUCACGUGAUCAACUUUUGUAAACAUGGAAACAGUUCGCUUUGGAAAAAUGAUGCUAGCAGCAAACUGAAAGAGCACAUUAAAAUUAGGUGACCUGUAAAUUUGCAGCUGUGUAAUAAUUACACAGCUGCAAAUUUGCGUUUACAACGUCUGCCGAAAAUUAGAAGGAUUUCUAUGGGAAAAACUGCUCUUGUCACCCAGUCAGGGUUGUGUGGAUGCAGCUAGUAUUGGUUAUGGGAUUUGUAAUGCUAACCAAGCGGUGACGCAGCGUUGUCACUAAGAUUUCAAGUUGCCAGGUAAAUACAACAAGUAGGCGGGGAAUCAAACGGCUAGGGAUUUCUUUUGGUUCUAUUUUUCUUCUAUUUUCCAAUAAAAGUAGCCUGUGGCCACUCUCUUAGUAGCCGGGGAAAAUCCCCGGUCUCCGGCUCUUAAUGACAACCCUGGGUGACGGCAACGAAAACAGCAAAAACAACAACAACAAUAGGUCUAAUUAGCAAAAAACAAAACAAAACAAAACAAAACAACUUUGCACCUGCAGCACACUUUGUUUGUACAUUUCUUUGCCAUUAUUUUGCAAGACCACAACGUGAAACUUCCUAGUUACACAUUUUAUGGAGGAAAUUUUGUGUGUGGUCCUGUUCACAUUUUUUCGCCGCCGCUCUUUCUUACCUUAGUGGACGCUAGCAUUUCUCAUUUUCUCACAGCCGCUGUAAAGAUUUCAUCUUGCUCUUCAAACGAAAUUGGUCUCCUUUGUUUUUUUUAUCCCUGGCUCUAGCUUUUUCUCUGUUAUCCACGCCAAUGUAGACUUUAAAAUUAAGUCAAAAGAAAGAAUCGGCUUCGUUGUUGUUGUCUUUUAUCUCUAAAAGUCCGGGUGGCUAUGCGAUUUUCUGCCGAAACGCGCGUGUACUUGAAGUGCAAACUUUCACCCCGGCUUACAUGAAGAGGUGGACGUACGUACGGACGAUUUUGUCAGAACCAAAAUUUCUUGCAUGCAAAUUUUCUUAGCCAUGGUGCUCCGCUGCGCGCGCUUCGCGCGCGAGAGCUUUGUUAAUACGCAUGAAAACAGACGCCCAAUACAAAGUCGUCCAAAUAAACGCUAACACAGCGUCUUGUCCUUCUUAAAAUGGGUCAUUUUGAAGUGUUUGUUUUUAUCGUAUUGGUGUUACUUUGUUAAUGUGUCUACAUUCUUUGCAUGACAGAAAAGUUUGAGUAAUAGUUUAUGUAUUUUAGGCUGCCACAAAGAAACAGAAGUAUGAGAAAAUAAGCGAGAAAAAGAUGUCUACUCCAGUUGACGUUCUUUGUAAAGUAAGUAAAAUUCUACAUCUUUAUAUACUGCGCACAACCUCCCUCCGAACAACUCGCAAGUGCAGAGAGUAGUGGUAAUAGGACUGUGGAAGUCCAAUUCGGUCUUUAAUCACACGAGUUUCGGAUCGAACUGAACGAUAUGAAGGUAGAUUAGCAACUACAGAAUACAGGGCCAUAUUUGAAGGUCUUAAACAGAAGUGGCUCUGUGGCUCGCUAAUCAUGACAAGUGUUUAUAGAACGAGAAAGAUAUAAGACAUAUAAGCAUAAGACAGAGAUAAAAAAGACAUACAAUAAUAAAAUUUAAAGAGCAAGUAAUAUUUUCGUCGCUUUUUGGCUCGAUGGCUCGUCGAUCAGUCGAGGUUGGCGUCUUAAACAACGAGAAAGGUAUAUAGUUUAAUGGCUUGACGGUUUGGUGGCUCGUCAGUCGAGACUACCGAGCCGCCGAGCCGCCCCAACAAAUAUACCUGUAGAAAAUUUGCCCUGUAUUGUGUAGUUAAGCCGCAAAAUUCCUUUUCUGAUAGUUCGCAAGUUCAGAAAGUAGUGGUAACAGGACUGUGGGAGUUCCACGUUGUGUGACGCUGUCUAGGAACUACCCCAAAGGGAGGUUGGCAGGAAGCCCAAGUGGCCGGAAGCGGAAAAGCUGCCAUUUUUUGCCAUUCAUAUUUUUCAUCCUUUUGUUGUUGAAAAAAAAAUUGAAACGGCAACAAACUUCUGAAAUGGCCGCUUAGUUGGAUAGUUUGAUGUUGCUUAGUAGACUUUUAGGUCGGCGUUGUAUUGACCUCUGUCGCUCGUUUUGAGUCGGUUUCGAGUUUGGAAAACGAACUUGAAAUUCGCCCCCCAAAACAGUCCCUUCGUACAAUUCAACGCUGCAUUAAUUGAAUGUCCCGCUAGUCUCCUUAGCAGCCGUUUUUCAUGCUCCUCCCCAAGUUUCUUGGGGAGGAGUGUUGCGUGACAACACGAGAUGAAUGUCACGCGAGACCUCCAAAUGGCUUAUGGUUAAACUGUUUCCUUAGGGAUGUCACGCGGAGUUUGCCAUGUACUUAAACUACUGCAGAGGGCUGCGGUUCGAAGAAGCACCCGACUACAUGUAUCUCCGACAGCUGUACAGAAUUCUCUUUAGAACGCUAAACCACCAAUAUGAUUACACAUUUGACUGGACGCCUCUGAAGCAGGCUGCCGCAGCUAGCAAGGCCCCUGUUCUGUCAAUGAGUGCAGCGGCAACAAGAAAUCCUGGAACAGCGCCACCGCAGACCAGCAGUCCUGCAAGACAUAAACAAAGGACAGGCCGUUAG